AUGGCGGCGGCGGCCCGGGGGAGUGGCCGCGCAUCGGCGCCCCGGCUGCUUCUGCUUCUGCUGCUAGCGCUGCUGUGGGCCCCGGCCGGCGUCCGCGCUGUGCCGGACGAAGACCUUAGCCUUCGGAACAAGGAACCGCCGGCGGCCGCCCAGCAGCUGCAGCCGCAGCCGGCGGCCGUGCAGGGCCCCGAGCCUGCCCGGGCCGAGAAAGGAUUUACACCAGCUGCCCCGGUUCAUUCCAAUAAAGAAGAUCCAGCUACCCAGACAAAUUUGGGAUUUAUCCAUGCAUUUGUCGCUGCCAUAUCAGUUAUCAUUGUAUCUGAGCUGGGUGAUAAGACAUUUUUCAUAGCCGCCAUCAUGGCCAUGCGCUAUAACCGUCUGACGGUGUUGGCUGGGGCCAUGCUUGCCCUGGGCCUGAUGACGUGCUUAUCAGUUUUGUUCGGCUAUGCCACCACAGUCAUCCCCAGGGUGUAUACGUACUAUGUUUCCACUGCAUUAUUUGCCAUUUUUGGCAUUAGAAUGCUUCGAGAAGGCUUAAAGAUGAGUCCAGAUGAGGGUCAAGAGGAACUGGAGGAAGUUCAAGCAGAAUUAAAGAAAAAAGAUGAAGAAUUUCAACGAACUAAACUCUUAAAUGGACCAGGAGAUGUUGAAACGGGUGCAAGCACGACAAUACCCCAGAAGAGAUGGCUGCAUUUUAUCUCCCCCAUCUUCGUUCAGGCUCUCACACUGACAUUCUUAGCCGAAUGGGGUGAUCGCUCCCAACUAACUACGAUUGUUCUGGCAGCUAGAGAGGACCCGUAUGGCGUAGCAGUGGGUGGGACAGUGGGCCACUGCUUAUGCACCGGACUAGCAGUCAUCGGAGGAAGAAUGAUAGCCCAAAAAAUCUCUGUCAGAACCGUGACGAUCAUAGGAGGCAUCGUAUUUUUGGCGUUUGCAUUUUCUGCACUGUUUAUAAGUCCCGAUUCUGGUUUUUAACAAGCCGUUUUUUAAUUUGUAUUUAGUUUAAGAUAGGUAACUCUUGUCUUUAUGUACAUAGUGUGCAUUAUAACUAAAAGUGACGGAGAAGACAUAUUUUGUAGCGUUGAUUUGCCAGUUUGACCCAUUUAAAGAAGGUAUAAUGUCCAAAAGAAAUAAUCAUUGCUUCUGUUUGCAACAUGGAUUUUUAAAAGAAACCAGGUAUCUAAGUGUGGAUUUUUCUUUUCUCCAGCACAAUUAUGUUGAUAUGGUCACCUUUCUUUUAGUUAUUUGUGGGAGAGGGCAUACAUAGAACCAUUGUGCGAUGGGGUCUACCCUUGACUUUCUUUUAGUACUGACCCCUUUAUGAGGAAUAUACAUUUUAUCCUGGAUCACUGAGCUGUUUUUAAGAUGAUAACUGCCUUAACAUUUUUCUUGAGG